GGUGCUCAAGGUCCCAUGGGUCCCUCCGGUCCUGCUGGUGCUCGAGGCAUGCCGGGUCCCCCCGGCCCCGUCGGCCCCUCUGGCAAAGAUGGCUCCAACGGCAUGCCCGGCCCCAUCGGUCCUCCCGGCCCCCGCGGACGGAGCGGCGAACCGGGUCCUGCGGGUCCUCCUGGAAACCCAGGUCCCCCCGGUCCUCCCGGCCCCCCGGGCACCGGCAUCGACAUGUCGGCUUUCGCUGGCCUGGGUCAGCCGGAGAAGGGUCCCGAUCCCAUCCGCUACAUGCGCGCGGACGAGGCCGCCGCCUCUUGCACCCAAGAGGACAGCGAGGUCCACCACGAGCUUUGCUCUGACCUCCAAAACCUCCUGUUCACACACCGUUUGCUCCCCGCUGCAGGAGACUACUGGAUCGACCCGAACCAAGGCUGCACCUUGGACGCCAUCAAAGUUUUCUGCAACAUGGAGACGGGCGAGACCUGCGUCUACCCCAACCCCAGCAGCAUCCCCAAGAAGAACUGGUGGACCAGCAAGACCAAAGACAAGAAGCACGUCUGGUUCGCAGAGACCAUCAAUGGCGGUUUCCAUUUUAGCUACGGCGAUGAAGACCUGGCUCCCAACACCGCCAGCAUCCAGAUGACCUUCCUCCGCCUCCUGUCCACCGAAGGCUCCCAGAACGUCACUUACCACUGCAAGAACAGCAUCGCCUACAUGGACGAGGAGACGGGCAACCUGAAGAAAGCCAUCCUCAUCCAGGGCUCCAACGACGUGGAGAUCAGAGCCGAGGGCAACAGCAGGUUCACCUACAGCGUCUUGGAGGACGGUUGCACGAAACACACCGGCAAAUGGGGCAAGACAGUCAUCGAGUACCGGUCGCAGAAGACCUCGCGCCUGCCCAUUGUAGAUAUUGCACCUAUGGACAUUGGUGGAGCCGAUCAGGAGUUCGGCGUCGACAUUGGCCCAGCCUGCUUCUUGUAAAAAGAAUUGU